AGGCACACUAAGCUGGCUGCCUUUAUGUCUGGGUCACCCUCUAGAGUUGGCUCUAGAAGCUUCCAGAUAGUGUGUGUGUGUGUGUGGGGGGGGGGGUCCUGGGACCCUGAGGGAGGUGUAAAUGGGUUCUUCCUAAGUGGGUAGCUACAUCGGCCUUCAUCUGAAGUUCAUUUCUGAGGAGAGCUGAGGUAGGGAACGCUGGGAGGUGCAGUGAACAACCAGCAGUCAGGCCUUCUGUCCUUCUCUGUACAGGGAGCGGCUGGGACUAAGUCUGUAAAGGCCACUCAUUCCCUCUGGUUUCCAUCCAAUGAGAAGGCAGCUCAGGACCCCUUUGGACCCCAUAAGAUGAGGCUGGUUAUAAAGGAGUAUGGCUCCACUUCCCGGUAUCAUUUCUUCAUUUUGGUGCAUUGCCGUUUUUCGGCCCUGUUACCUGUCCGGGCCAUCUGUAAAUCCGCCUUCACUAAUAAGAGACGGAGGGCUGGGGGUCGGAGUGGGAGAAGGCCAAGGGAAGCACCUGUAUCUGCCUCCUCUCCUCUCCCAGCCUGUGGCCAGCACCCCGCCGGUCACUGACUUUUGGCCCCCGCCUGGGUACGAGGGAGGCAGGCCCUUUCUCUCCCUCCCAGCAGGGCUUCCGGUCCCCAACCCAGGCCGCCCCAGCGUCAUCACUAAAAGGCGGCUUUGACCUAGAUCCCUUCGUAUGCCCCUCCUCCCAAUUCCAAAAUUUAACAGGGCCCCAGCUGGGGGAGACCAGAAUAGAGAACAGCUUUGGAAACCAACUAUUUGUUGGGCGACUCGAGAGGGGCGCAGGGCAGAGAGCAAAAUCAUGGAGUCUUCUAAGACCUUCAUGAGACAGCUGCCAGUCACACCAGGCUACAGUGGCUUCAUCCCGUAUCUCAGCUGCCAGGAUACCUCCAGCGAGGAUGACAUGUCCCACUGUCUGAAAACCUUCCAGGAGAAAACACAGCGAUAUAAAGACCAGCUGGAGGAAUUUCGCUGUUCGGUGGCUGCUGCCGAGAGACUGAAGCCUGUCGGCUCCGAGAAGUCUGUCCUGCGGGCACUGCACCAGUACUACCAGCAGUACCACCCCUUGAGUCUGGAAUGCAAAUACGUCAAGAAGCCCCUCCAGGAGCCCCCGAUCCCUGGCUGGGCAGGCUACCUGCCGAGAGCCAGGGUCACUGAAUUAGGCUGUGCCACACGGUACACUGUCAUGGCCAGGAACUGCUACAGGGACUUCCUGGACAUCGUGGAGCAGGCAAAGAGAGCGCACCUGAAACCGUAUAAGGAAAUAUAUGGAGUUGGGUCUACACAACCUCCUUCUCCUCCAACAGUUUUGCAGCAUGAAGAGCUGCUGCCAAAUUAUCUGAACUGCUCUAAUCCAGUUUCUCUUCCAGGUGGUAGCUGUCCUGCCCUCAGAAGACCCCUGACAGAGGACCCUGGACCUCUGGGGACGUGUGGCUGUACUCAGAGGCCAAGUAUGUCAUCUAACGGGAAGAUUUAUCUGGAGCCACUGUCCUCAGCCAAGGCUAGAAGUGGAGAGCCUCCCAAGGAGAGGUGAACUUUCUGAAGGGCUCAAAAGCUCGCCAUUCUCACAUGAGAAUCCACCCCUCACCCAUACCCCAAAGGCACUAGGGACAUGUCAUAAAAAUCCUUUUAACUGCACCCUGACUGGUUGGCAAUAACAUGUCAUUAAUGAUAAAGACCUUUUAUUGUCGUGUGGGAAGAAAGAGGAUUUGUCUUAGCAUGCUAAAGGCUUCUGUGGGAUUUUUCCCAGGUUAUGUUGACCUUGAGAAGAGUCAGGGUGGAGCCCAUUUCUUCCUAAACCUGAGGUAAUGUUGUGCAGCUGGACCAGGCUCUUCCUGAAGCCGUAGCCCAGCUCUCUAAUGCGUCUGCCCUUCAGUCAUCCUGGGUCCUGACACAGCGUUCCCACACUGGCCCAGGCGCCACGCCCAGUAGUUUUUAAAGAACCCAGUACCCAGGAAAGCCCAGCAGCUGGCAGACAGCUGUGUUAGUUUCCUAGGAUUGCUGUAACAGAGUACCACCAACUGGGUGGUGUAAGACAACAGGAAUUUGUCUCACAGUUCUGGAGGCUACAAGUCCAAAAUCAAGGCAUUAGCAGAGCCAUCUCCUUCUGAAACUUUAGGGAAGAAUCCUUCCUU